UCAGUUAGCGCGACUCCACUCUUAGCAGCUCAUGCCUCUUCAGCAAACUUCUUUCAAAAUACAAAAUACAAAUAACAAAAUACUUUCAGGAGAAGCAACAAUAGACAUGAGUAACGAUCUGCAACCGACCAAAUCUGGUCUGAAAACAGGCUAUCAUAACACUGGCCAGACCUCCCAGAUCCCUGGGCUGUCCCCGGGUGUCAGCAGUGUCCCCGAGGAGGCCAGGGCCCGGGGGCGCAGGGUGGCCAUCCUAGAGAGUGAUUCAGACUAUGUCAAACUUGCAAAACAAGGAGGGCAGAAGGACCUUUUGUGGCAUGAGGAGGCAAUUACCGCUAAACCUCGUUCAUACAAGGCCCCAGAAUGGUUCUGCUCUACAGUACCAGAAACAGAUGACCCAAGCCUCAUUAAAAAUAAAGAGAAGAAAACCCCAGGAGCCUUUCAGCUUCUAGAGCCCCCCUUUGGGACUGAUGAUAAGUCAGCUUGGGAGAGAGAUGAUAGCAGCAAUGGCAAGGAGAAGCAGCUGAACAAUGAUCCCACCAGCCAGAUGGAGACAUUGCCCAUAUCCAGUCAACAUGAGGCCAGCAAAUUCAAGAGGAUAGUCUUUGACAAGAGACCAGCCCCUGUCAACAUGUCUAAACUGUUGAGCUUUGGCUACGCUGAAGACGAUAAACCUAAAGCCAGAAGUGAUGUGUCAAUGUCACCAGAUUAGAAAACUGCCAGUGGGACAAGAGUCAAACUCAAAGGCCAAGGGGGGAGUACACUUUGACAUCUUUGACAUUCUUCAAUGUUUUUUUCACCUGGUUAUUCCCGGUCACUUAAAACUUUGUUUCAGUUGCUGUUUUUUUCUACUGUGAUGUCAGCUUUGUUGUACUCUAUAUUCAUGUGAAAAUUGUUCCACUGAAUCAAAGCUGGCAUCUGUUAUUUGCUGUGUUCAUUACUGGUGCCUCAGUUACACAAAAAUUACAUGAUACCAACCUAUCUUAAAUGUUUUUCAAUUUAUGCCCUUUACAACUUUUGUGUUACUUUUUUGCU